AUGGGCAAGACCGCGGUGUUUGUCUUGGCCUGUUUGCAACAGGUAGAUUCAUCGGAGAAGGCCGUUCGAACUCUAGUGAUCUGCCACACCCGCGAGCUGGCGUACCAGAUCAAGCACGAGUUCGAGCGCUUUGCCAAGUACUUCCCAGAGAUCAAAACUGCUGUGGUGUACGGCGGCACCCCUAUGCAGAACGACAAAGAUCUCCUUAAGGACUCGUGCCCGCAUAUCUUGAUUGGUACACCGGGCCGGGUCUUGGCACUCCUCCGCGAGAAGGACCUGAAGCUUGACAAGAUUCAGCAGUUUGUCCUGGACGAGUGCGACAAGUGCCUCGACAAAGUGGACAUGCGAAAGGACGUGCAGCAGAUCUUCAUGGAGACGCCGAAGAAGAAGCAGGUCAUGAUGUUCAGCGCGACGAUGUCUGCGGAGACCCGAGCACUCUGCAAAAAGUUCAUGCAGGAUCCGCACGAGAUCCGGGUUGACGAGGAGUCGAAGCUUACUCUGCACGGUCUCCUCCAGUACUAUGUGAAGCUCACUGAGAAGGAGAAGAACCGAAAGCUGAACGACCUUCUCGAUGCUCUGGAGUUCAACCAGGUCGUUAUCUUCGUCAAGUCUGUGCAGCGGGCCAUCGCGCUGGACAAGCUGCUUGUCGAAUGCAACUUUCCUUCUAUUGCCAUCCACUCGGGCCUUCAACAGGAAGACCGCAUUGCUCGGUAUAAGCAGUUCAAAGAGUUUCAGAAGCGGAUCAUGGUAUCCACGGAUCUCUUCGGGCGUGGCAUCGACAUCGAGCGAGUGAACAUUGUUAUCAACUAUGACAUGCCGGACGAGAGUGACUCCUACCUCCAUCGUGUCGGUCGUGCCGGACGCUUCGGCACCAAGGGUCUCGCGAUCACCUUCGUGGCGACGGACGAGGAUCAAGAGGUCCUGAAGAAGGUGCAGGAAAGAUUCGAGGCGGGAUGGCGUGGUAUGAGCAGAGCUUCAGGACUCUGGACGGGACCGGUGGCAAGCAUGAUGAUGAUGCCAUCUAGACCACGUUCCAUCUUUAUGUUCGCCUUGUCCAAAAUAUUCCAACUUGGUACUCUACUUCUAAUCGUUUGCCAAGUCAUGCCGAGUCCUUUCCCUCUUGCUUUGACCGCUAAGGUUGCUCAGGCUUUGAAGCAGUUUUGGGAGAGAGCAAGAGCAGAGCCAAGAAUUCGACUUUCGGGCCUUCUCCGACAUAUCAGAUGA